UUAUGCUAUUGCUUUCCUCCUGGCCGGCAUACAAUUAAGCAAGCAACAGGGACGCUGAAACAUCGUUGCAGUUCUAGUACUUCACAGAUUCUGGUCUCUCCGCUACUUCAUGGCUGUCCCUGCUGACGACAAGACGCUCAAUUUCCAAGAUGAGCUCUCUUUUCCAAUUCUGCUUGCGGCCCGAGUCAUCAAGUCCGCCCAAGAAGCAGAAUCCUCCAAGCAGGAAUGCUCCGACCUCGCCAUGCAAGUUGAACGCCUCUCCAAUAUGCUCCGCUCCACCGUCCGACUCGCCGCCGUCUCCACCCAUCCACUAUACGAGCGACCCGUCCGUCGGAUCGUCGCCGACGUGGCCAAGAAUCUUGAGCGAGCCCUCACUCUCAUCCGCAAGUGCAAGCACAGCGGGGUUCUCCGCCAGGUGUUCUCCAUCACCACCGCCGCCGACUUCCGGAAGGUCUCCAAUCUUUUGGAGUCUUCCAUCGGAGACAUGAAAUGGCUCUUAUCGAUAUUUGACUCGGACGGGACCAAUCUCUCGCUCCCUCCCAUCGCAAGCAACGACCCUAUUCUCGCCUGGGUCUGGUCCUACAUCGCCACCAUCCAGAUGGGCCAGCUCAAGGAUCGUACCGACGCCGCCAACGAGCUCGCUUCGCUGGCCCGCGACAACGACCGCAACAAGAAGAUGAUCGUGGAAGAGGGAGGGAUUGCCCCCUUGCUCAAACUCCUCAAGGAGGGCGCGUCCGCCGAGGCCCAAAUCGCUGCUGCCACCGCUCUCUCCAACAUCGCCACGGACAAGGAGAGGGUCAUUUCCAUUGUCCAGAACCCCGGGGUUCCGAUCAUUGUGCAUGUCCUUGGCGACUCGUCGACGAGGGUUCAGAUUCCGGUGGCGAAUCUGGUGGCGCGGAUGGCCGAACUGUUCCCGGAGGCGCAGGAGGAGUUUGCGCGGGAAAACGCGACGAGGCCGCUUGUGUCGACGCUGUCGAUGGGUGCGGUUCUGGAUGAUCCGAAGCUUCAUUUGGGUAAGACCACCUUCCACUCCCUUGUUCAAAUUAACAAAGAGUUAACUAAAAAUGGCAAAGCACCAUCAAUAAACGAUCAUAAUAAUUCGUCAUCAUUGUUCGGUCGCUCUCACUCGAGUUCUACUCACUACGAUGGGAGUAGCAGAGGCGGGCAUUAUAAUAGGAAGGAGAGGGAGUGGGAGACGGAAUCACCCGAGGUGAAACUUAAGGUCAAGGUCAAUUGCGCCGAGGCUUUGUGGAAAUUGUCCAAAGGGAGUUUGGUAAAUAGCAAGAAAAUUGCGGAGACAAAAGGGUUGCUUUGCUUGGCGAAGAUUAUUGAGGUUGAGAGAGGAGAUUUGCAACUCAAUUGCUUGAUGACCGUGAUGGAGAUAGCGGCAGUGGCGGCAUCCAAUUCGGACCUCAGGCGAGCGGCUUUCAAGACUAACUCGCCACCUGCAAAAGCUGUAUUCGAUCAGCUUUUGAGGGUAACUCAAGAAGGGAGUAGUCCCAGAUUGCAAGUUCCUGCCAUCAGAGCAAUUGGGUAUUUGGCUCGGACUUUCCCUGCAAGCUGGGAGAGACGGAUAAUUAGGCCUUUGGUUGUGCAGCUUGGUAACAAUAAUGUGGACGUGGCAACGGAGGCUGCUAUUGCAUUGGGGAAAUUCGUGUCCCCAGAGAACUUCAAUUGUGUAGAGCAUUCGAAGGCGGUUAUAGAGUUUGAUGGGAUUCCACCCCUAAUGAAGUUGUUGGAAAUUCAAGAACAGGGGCCUCGUAUGCACGGAGUCGUGUUGUUGUGUUACCUUGCUUUGCACGUUAGCAACAACAAAGCUCUUGAACAAGCAGAGGCGUUGAAGGCUCUUGAGGAUGCUGCCCGUCCUGUUGUUGCUCAAAAUCCUGGUUUGAGGGAUCUGUUUGCCAAGGCCAUACACCAACUCACUGUUUAUCAGGAUGCAGCUUAUCCGCACAGGCAGCCUUCAGCAACUUAAAUGCCGGAGUCUUACUAGCCAGAACUAUUCCUCCAUGUGAGUGUCUUAGAUUGUAACAUACCAAGAACGGAUUGUUAUAAGGUAAACAAUAUUUGACCAUAGAGGAUCUGAUUGUGUUGAUUGGUUGAGUUUAGCUUUCGAGAGUGAACGUUUUAAUAUGUACCUGUAAUUGUUUGCACAUAACUUUGACAAAAUUUUAUUGUUGUAUUUCUGUGGAAUUAUCAA